UGUUUGUUUAGGCUUAAAGCUCUUUUAAAAGGAUCCAGGCUUUCUCAUUUGGAGAUGAUAAAAGGGUGAGUUUGUUUGCUCUUUUGGUUCCUUAGUGCUUUAGCCUCCUUUCCUCUUCAAUCCCAAAUUUCUUAUUCAUCAUUAAUUUGGGGGUUUCUUUUGGACCCAAAAAGCUUCUCAUCAUCUCUUCCAACCUUCAAUUCCCUUCACCAGAGCCACACAAAAGCCUCUCUCAUACAUUUCAUCAUCUUCUUUUAUACUUAUUGGUUGUAAGAAAGGUGAUUCUAGUGUAAAGUGAUGGCAUUAGAAGCCGUGGUUUACCCAAAAGACUACAACCCAUUUAGCUAUGUGUGCAAAGAUUUCUACUCCCUUGCACCUUCUAACUGGGGCUAUGAUUUUAGCUUACAAGAAAAUAUUCAAGACAAAGCCCUUGUUGGACUUCUUGAUCAUCAGUAUAACAACAUACACCAUCACCAAGGCAGUCUCAAUGAAAAUUGGGAGUAUAACUGCUCAUCAUCUCCUCCUUCACUUCUGCAAAAUGUGAAGGAAUGGGAUCCUCAUUCCUCACCUGAGGCCUUGGAAACCCCGCCACCGCCACCGCCACCGGCAACAACAGGUAGACGCAAACGCCGUCGUACCAGAAGCAGCAAGAACAAAGAAGAAAUGGAGAACCAACGCAUGACCCACAUUGUAGUGGAGCGCAACCGCCGCAAGCAAAUGAACGAGUACCUCGCCGUCCUCCGCUCUUUGAUGCCAACGUCUUAUGUUCAAAGGGGGGAUCAAGCAUCAAUUAUUGGGGGAGCAAUUAACUUUGUGAAGGAGCUAGAGCAACUGUUGCAGUCCAUGGACGGCAGCCAUAAGAGCUCUACUAAGCCAGAACAAGUACCUUUGGCAGAGUUCUUUACCUUUCCACAGUUCUCCACACCUGCGACUACACAGUGUAACAGCAACACUUCAUCAUCGUCUUCGUCAUCAUCUGAGGGUAUCAUAAACGACGAGCCGUCCUUGGCUCCUCGGAGCAACAAUAACAACAACCAGUGGCCAGCUGCAGACAUAGAAGUGACCAUGGUGGACAGCCAUGCCAAUCUUAAGAUAUUGUCCAAGAAGAGGCCUAGGCAGUUGUUGAAGAUGGUGGCCGGGUUUCAAAGUCUUGGGCUCAGCGUCCUUCACCUCAAUGUCACCACUGUUGAUGAAAUGGUCCUCUACUCUGUUAGUGUUAAGAUUGAAGAAGGGUGCCUGCUAAACACUGUGGAUGAAAUUGCAGCUGCUGUCAAUGAAAUGCUGCGCAGAAUUCAAGAAGCUGGUUUUAGCUGAAUUUAUUUUCGAGAAUUGAAAAUCUUCCUCCUUUCCCCCCCUGAGUGGAUUCCAUUUUCCUUUGUUCUUUACCCUUCUCUUUUGUAAGGUCUUGUUCUGAUUUAUAUACUGUACAAUGUGUAUGGUGUAUGUUUCUCAACUGUGAAAUGACCAUGAUUAUUGAUGAUC